AUUCAUAAUCCCAUAUAUACUUUCAUAUAUGGCUCUCUCACUCACAGCUCUCCUCUAGCCUAAGAGUAACACAACCCUGAAGAUUCAGGUUUUCGUUGAAGUUAGAAGAUGGCCACCAUGUCUGAAAAACUGGAAGCCGCGGGUGGUGACAAGGGAAAUCCUUUUGACGAUGGUAUUUUUGACGGGGUGAAGAGAAUAAUUGUCGGAAAAUCCCUCCUAAGUGUUUCUUAUAUCAAGAUCGAGUACGACAAGGAUGGUGAUACUGAAAGCAAAGAACAUGGGCAGUUUACCCGGAAGCAUAAAGAGUUCGCGUUGGAUUAUCCGGAUGAGUAUAUCACAGCUGUUGGUGGAACCCACCAAUUUGAUAUCAAGCAUAAAACAACGCUGAUCAGAUCUUUAUUCUUCAAAACCUCCCAUGGAAGGACAUCUGACACAUUCGGUCAUAAGAAGAUUCCUCUGAUACCAUCAUUAGUAUCAUCUGCAAUAUCAUCUGCAGUAGCACCUGUAGUAUCAUACGAGACAGAUUUCAUGUUUGAGAGCAAAAACGGAGGAAAGCUUCUUGGAUUCCAUGGACGCGCUGGUCCCCUUCUUAAUGCCAUUGGACCUCACUUCUUCGCUUUCAAUUAUCCUCUUACGCACUUUAACCUUGAAGGUGGGAAUGAAGGGAAUGCUUGGGACGAUGGUGCUUUUGACGGUGUUAGAAAAGUAGUCGUUGGACGACGUGGUAAGUUUGUUAGUUACGUUAGGUUUGAGUAUGCCAAAGGCGAAAGAACUGUACCGCAUAGUCAUGGGGAGAGAGAUGAAGCUCCAAAAGAGUUUGUGGUGGGUUAUCCUAAUGAGCAUAUUACGUUAGUGGAGGGAACUAUCGAUGGCAAGCUUACGUCGCUUAAGUUUACGACAUCAAAAGGAAGAACCUCCCCUGCUUUUGGGAAUGAGGAUGGUAGUAAAUUUGUUUUUGAGAAGACAGGUUUCAAGCUUGUCGGGUUUUGUGGUCGGUCCAGUAAUGUUAUUAAUGCCCUCGGUGCACAUUUUGCCCCGUUCCCUGCUCCCGUUCCAGCUCCAGCUCCAGUUCCAGCUCCAGCUCCAGCCUCUUCUACCAACAAAAGAGAGGCUCUAGGAGGAAAGGGUACUGGAGAAACAUUCGAUGACGGUGCUUAUGAUAAUGUAAGAAAAGUUUAUGUUGGCCAAGUAGAUUCCAAUGUAGCUUACCUCAAGUUCGAAUACGAAAAAGAUGGUAAAAGAGAGAUACGCGAGCACGGAAAGAAGACAGGGUCAGGAACAGAAGUGUUCGAGGUUCGAAAAGACGAUUACAUCACAUCUGUAAAAGUUUACUACGGUAAACACACCGGAGUUAUAACAUCUGUUACAUUCAAGACUUUCAAGGGCAUAACCUCUCCCUCCUUUGGAAAGACCUCAUCGAAUAUGUUCUUCCUCGAAGGCGGCAAAAUCACCGGGUUCUAUGGAAGUUCCGGCGAUGUUAUUCAUUCUCUCGGAGCUUAUGUUUUUCGUUCUAAGCGGAUGUUGCGUGGCAAGUGGAUCCAGGUGAAACAAAUAGGCAAGGAUCUUGAACCUGGACCAAGAUGCUCGCAUGCUAUAGCAAUGGUUGGAGACAAAAUGUACUCUUUUGGAGGAGAGCUAACGCCAAAUUUCUCCAUUGAUAAAGACAUGUACGUCUUCGAUUUCAACACUCGCGCGUGGUCAAUCGCUCCUCAGAACGGCGACGUUCCAGAACUCGCUUGCUUAGGCGUUUGCAUGGUAGCCAUCGAAACUACACUCUACGUCUUUGGUGGCCGCGACAGCAACCGCGAUUACAACGGUUUCCAUUCUUACGACACCGUUAAGAGCGAGUGGAAACUAAUAACUCCUGUUGAUAAAGGACCGACACCGCGUAGCUUCUUCUCGAUGGCUGCUGAUGAUGAAAACGUAUAUGUCUUUGGUGGAGUGAGUAAAACGGUACGUCUGAACACACUUCAUGCAUACAACAUCGUUGAUCAGAAGUGGACUGAGCUUCCCAAUCCUGGAGACUCUAGAGUACCGAGAGGUGGAGCGGGGCUUGCCGUUGUGCAAGGGAAGAUUUGGGUUGUCUAUGGAUUUUGUGGUGAUGAAAUGGACGAUGUUCAUUGCUUCGAUCCAGUUGAAAGUAACUGGACUAAAGUGGAAACGAGCGGUGAAAAGCCGUGGGCGAGAAGUGUGUUCGCGCUAGCGGUCGUGGGGAAAUAUAUAAUUAUAUCGGGAGGUGAGAUUGAGAUGGACCCACAGGCUCAUUUGGGUCCAGGGAAAUUGGACAGCGGGGCUUUUGUGUUGGACACUGAGAGUUUGUUGUGGGAGAAACUCGAGGAAGGUCAUAGCCCGCGUGGAUGGUGUGCAUCCACGACUGCGUCACUGGAUGCGAAACAAGGGCUGUUGAUGUAUGGAGGGAAGUCUCCGACCAACGGUCGUUAUGAUGACAUCUUUUUCUAUGGUGUAGACUCUGCUUAAGAGCAUAAUUAUCCCAUGAAACCCACUUGGGUUUCUUAAUGAUUAUUUAGUUAUAUAAAUAUACUUAAGUGGACUUAAAAACACUAGUUAAGAAAUUCUCAUUUU